ACAUAUUGCGACAAAAGCAAGCUCCAGAGCGGUUUUUGUGAUUUUUACGGUUACAAAUUUUAUCGAGGAACUGAGCGAAUGGAUAAACAACUCAAAGAAAGCAGGGACUUCAAAUGGGCACCUCUUGUAAUUCCAUGGCUUCCACCUCAGUCUAUCGCAUCUUUCUCAUUGACUUGUAGAACUUUCAGAUCACUCUCAAAAACAAUCACAGCUCGCAGAGUAGCAGAUGCAGCGCGAGGGUUAGAAAAGUAUCCUGUGCUAGUUUCAAAUUCCGUAGACAAUAUUUUGUAUCCUUAUUUUAUUUAUACAAACACGUCGAUUCCGAGCAUUUCUUCUCCCAUACAACAAUGGGGCCACGAAGCCCCAGCAACCUCUACGCAAACAAAGCCCUUAAUUUCAGAUUCAGAAUUACUGGACGGAGCUGGAUGCAAUUGUAUCAAUUGCUGCAAAGAGGAGCAAUAUUGUCAAUGCAACGAAGUUAGUGUUUACACAGAUGAUGGGAGAAUAUUUUUGUUUAAUGCACGUUUAAAUCUUAAUUUCGAGGAUAAUGUUGAAGUGGGAGGCUUAAAUCCUAAUUUUGAGAGCAAUGUUGAAGUGGGAGGUUUAAACCCUAAUUCCGAGGAUACUGUUGAAAUGGGAGGUUUAAAAUCUAACUUCGAGGGUAAAUUUGAAAUUGGAGUUUUAAGCUCUGAUAUAGAGGAUAAAAACAAUCUUCAGGGUUUGAGUGGAGGUCCACUGGUGGUCAUGGAGUGCGGUCCGGCGUGCUCUUGUGAUCAGAGCUGCAUAAAUCGUGUUUCACAGCAAGGUUUAUCUGUGAGGGUUGAAAUUGUGAGGCAUCUUAAGAAAGGGUGGUGCUUACACGUCGUGGAGCCAGUUAAACAAGGAGCCUUUGUUUGCGAGUAUGCAGGUGAGUUUUUGACAACUACAGAAGCUAAAAAAAGACAACGGCAUUAUGAUGAAGCCAAUAUGAAUAAGCACAAAUAUUCUUGUGCUUUGCUAGUCAUAAGAGAGCACCUUCCUUCAGGUCAAGCAUGCCUGAGGCUAAAUGUUGAUGCUACAAUAAUUGGUAAUGUAGCCCGGUUUAUUAACCACUCGUGUGAUGGUGGUAAUCUAUUCCUUACAUUAGUUCGGUCUUCAGGGUCAAUUCUUCCCAGGCCGUGCUUAUUUGCGUCAAGAGAUAUUUCUGCAGGUGAGGAACUGGCCUUUAGCUACGGAGUAGCUGGAAAAAACUCAAAAGCAUUAACUUGUUUUUGUAUGUCUCCUGCUUGUUUUGGAGUGUUACCAUCGGAGUCAACAUGAUUAUUUGUGUCCUCCUUUGCCAAAUCAAUAAAAUCUCAAAAUGAUAAGUUAUAAAGGGAAAUUGCAGUAUAAAAUGAACUCACUCUGAACUAUGUGUAUUUUAUAACCAUUUCAGUUUCUACGAAAUAUCUUUGUUUCAAUAUCUCCUGAAGAUUUAAGUGUAGUUCGCUGGUCUUUAUUUUCCCUUUCUCAUGUCUUAUAUUGAUAUUUGGGCUCUUGUAGCA